AUGGAAGAAGACCAGGACAUUGACAUCAACAAUACCGACAAUGACAUGGCCAAAAGGGCCAAACGCAUGGAUGACGCGCUCGCCCAGAAACUGCCAGUCCCUUGGGUCUAUACUGACGGCACAGGCGACCCGGCCAAUUCGACAGACUGGAAACUAGUAGAGCCAUGGAUAGAAGACACCCCGAAGCCCCCGCAAUACACCAAGCUAUCAGAUUUGCAAGUUUUCAACGUCAUAUCGCAAGACGUCUCCCAAUCAGAUAAGGCAGUUAAGGCGCUCAGACGCAUCGGGUAUCUAGCUGUGGAUUCUGGAAAGCACAAUGUGCUACACUCCUCGGAAACGCGGGCUGUGACCAUGCUCGACUUUGAGCUCAUGCAGGCCUGCGACGAAAGCACCAUUAACCCAGAGCGACCAGAGAUGUACGCGAUCCUUAGAUAUCCGACAUUUCGGACAACUGAUUUUGGCAUCUUGGCGCUGCUGUACAUCAAUAUGGAUAAAGGCACAGCGGACCAUGUUAAGCACAUUCCACAAAGACCGUUCCCCAAGAAAGGGGCCGCCAAUCCAGGGAGCGGAGACGGAUAA